AAGCACCACUUCUCUUGUGUUUGGAUUUCAACUAAUUUCAUCAGUUAAAGAGCACUUUACAUGGGGACGGCUACGUUUGUUUUAAUAUCAUCCUAGGAACAUACUGAUAGAACCAGAGUGAAGGAAGCAGCAAAACCUACAUCUUCCUCUUCAGAGAUGGAUGUGGGAAUAUUGGAGAUCCCGGCAGAACUAUCGGCCCGAUUACGCAGUGCAGCAGGACGUCCUCAAGGAUCAGGAGUAACAGAAGUAGCUCUGCCGCAGGUCAAAGCAGACCACAACCUCUCACUGCCCCAAGACAUUAACAGAUACCCUUUCUCCCAAUAUGCCAACACAGUCCUGAAGGAUGGAUGGUGCCAACCGCAGGGUUUCCCGCUUCAGAAGCCUUUGACUUCUCUGGACUAUGAUGAUGCCCGUACAGCUCUAGAAAUCUACAAACUGAUCCUGCGUUUCACAGGUGACUCUGAUCUGACUGGAUGGCAAGAGCAGAUGUUGGGGAACUACAUCGUGGAGAAGAGUCAAUCACAGCCCAGCAUCGGAGAUGAGAUUCUAGCUCAGCUGGUGUACCACACUUGGGACGGGGAUAAUGAGGAGAGUACCCUGCGGGGCUGGUUGCUCCUGGCCUGCUGUCUGAGUGCCUUCACACCCUCUCCUGCCUUGGAGAAACCCCUCCUUAAGUACGUGUCUGACCGAGGUCCAGAGGAGUACCGCUCUCUGUGCCAGCACAAGCUCCUCACAUCCCUCCAGCUCCCCUUCCCUGCCUGCAGACGACACCCUCCGAGUCAACUCGAGUGGACAGCCAAUCAGAGAAAAGGAAAGAUGGUGGUGGAGGUUAACACUUUCAAUGAGGAAAGGUUAACUGUGGAAGUGGAGUCUUGGACCUCAGGGGAACAACUGGCCUCUUGGCUUCUUAGCUACAGGGGUCUGACUGAAGCUACACGGGGCUGGUCUGUGUCUCUGCUGGCUGGGGAGGGUUGGACCGACCUGGCAGGCUGUGACUUUGUAAUGGAUCUCUUGGCUGGAGUGGAGGCUGAUGUGCCCCUGGGUCACCCACCCACUCAAACCGAUUACCUCUUUGGCAACACAGGUGACAGGAUGGCAACUACAGAUCUGGAUGACUUUAUACCUCCUGCUCCCCCUAUGCAAGCCCCUGGUCUCCCACCCUUUGAAGCAUACCCAUGGGACACCUAUGAACCCUCUUCCACAUCCCAGGGAUCUCGUGGUCGACAGAUGGAUUCUUACGUUGAUGACCUUUUUGAUCCUGUGUUUGAUCAGGGUCCUGGGGACUUUGAACAGAUGGCCAUGCUGAAUCGUAGAAUGAGAGGAGGAGGAGGCAUGAUGCCCAGCAUGUACGCCGGAGCAGGUACAGAUUGUAUAUCUGUUUAAUUAGUGUGUA